UUAUUACCUAUGUUAGUUUUAUUCGCUAACAAUUUUAUCAGGGGUUAUGUAUUUGUGUUUAUAAUCAUAUUAAUAUUGUGCGGCCAUCGGACAUUAGGCUUUUUAUGCACUGGUAAAAUGUUAUAGUGUGAUAACAAUGUGUUGAGGUCACCCCUAUAUCAUUCUUUAGUCUUAUUAUUAACCAAUAACUCCAGUAAUCGAACCGGUAGGUUUCUCAUCUAGAUAUGAUUAAUAAAGUUAUAGUGACGUUAUGAAGGACCCAACUAGUACAAUUAAGUACGAUUUAUAAAAUUUUAAGCAUAGGAAAAUUAUAGGAAAUAAAUUAAAUCAUAUAGGUACCUACUAAAGGUUAGUUCUCCAUAUAUUCCUUGUUGUGAUGCUUAUGAGUAAACAUAUUUACUUUAUUUUAUUUACAUUUGAUCUAGCUGGGAAUACUUACUUACUGACUUUUGAUUCUGAUAGUUUAUAUUGUUGCCGAACUAAAAGGAAAGGAAGGAAGCUAUAAUAAAUAUGUUUAGGUGAAAAUUCGAAAAUAUAACAUGGUUAAUACUGGUGAUCAUACAAGAUAAACGAAUUAGAAUAGUUAUGUAUUGAGUAUACAAUAGGAUAGUUUAUAAUAAUACAAACGCUUUAGUGCUAAUGACCAUACAGUUAUACAGGUAAACCUUUAAUACUUAUCCACUAACGGAGGUAGGUAGAAAAGUAUGUGGAAGAUAGGUAUGUUGUCUUCGUGCUUCUUAGGAUAACAUCUAGGUAUGUUACGUAUACAUGUGGAAGGUUAGCUAUGCAUCUAGGGUUUAUGUCAGAUACUAUUCUUACAGGAUGGAGUUUAUUGUCGUGGCGGGUGGAACAUUGUCUAUUGGAUAGGUUAUAUUUCAGUUGCCGAUGUACUACACGUAAGGGCUUUUAAUUCUUACCAUAUUGGGGGUGGUAACUUGGUUGUUGAGUUGUCAUUGUUGCAUUGUUUUGCAAGUGCUGUACAGAAAUUCAAUAAUUACUUCUCAAUAUAAAAUCAUGUUCGGAGUUGUCAAUGUGGAAAAAAGAAAUAAUUAUAGGACGCUCAUAUAGAACCUCGUUAUCUACUGGUCUAGUUCGCGAGUGUCGUUCAUCACCGGAAAAGUUCUAAAGGAUAGUAGUCAUCGAAGGUGAUCUGGUUCUUGGGUGACUGUAAAUAUCAGAUUUCAUGGAUUUCGCUUGUAAUAUUACUACGAGCAUUGGACAUUCCGGGAUUUGACAAAUUUAGUGGUGACUAAUCUAUAGCGGGAAUGGUCUUUCACGGAAGUGGUUGUUGAGAGUUUUGCUUUAACUAUACUUAUUUUAGUUAGACAGUGAGUAGGUUCUAAAUACUUAGGCGAGUUACAACAAGUAUUUUACCUUUUUUUCCUUCUUUAACAGGACCGCCUGCAUAGAGUUAGAAGCAUCAGUUAAUAAAACCUUAAGUAGUCUUCUUCAUCAAGAAAGCCAGUGUUAUAUCUAGUUGAACGUGAAUAACUAUUAAAUAAAUAUGCCAAGAGUGCGCAAAGCAAAACCUACCCGCCAACCUGAAAGGGAAAUGGUACCUCAGGGGCAAGAAAGAGAUGGAAGAGUAGCUCCAUCUACUAAUAGAAUGGUCUACAUGAAAUCCUUGUUGAGGCGAACUGUUGGAGUACUAAGUUCGCGAAUUGGAAAACUAGAAGAAUCAUUGAACAACACAGCAUUUACGAUAAACCCCAACGUGUCAGCACAGUCCACUAGUACAUUGCAAACGCGUACCGACAAUGAUGGGCAUCGACCUCAGCUAGUAAUGCCUCAACAGCUCGAUAAGCCCAAGUUCCCUGGCAAACAUGGAAUUCACCCAGCCACAUUUUUAGAAGAUUUGGGAUCUUAUCUACGGAAGGUUCAGGGUAUAACAUUCGAACCAGAGCUUAUCGUUGAAUGCCUGGGAGGAGAUGUGAGAAAUUGGGCGCGGAUCUACCUGGAGCGGUGGAACAGUUUUGAAGAUUUCAAGCGUGACUUCCUAGAAACAUAUUGGGGAGAGGCGGAACAGAGCCUUUUACGGAGGAGUAUUGUUAGCAAUUGUUGGGAUUCUACCAAGGGGAGUAUGCUAAGUCACUUUCUUCACCUAUCUGGACAAGCCAAGAUGUUAACGUACCCCAUGAAUGAAACACAAAUGGUUAAUGAUAUUAUACAACAUUACCCUAAAGAAGUACAAUAUGCCUGGGCGGUCAGCAACAAAUCCGGGACUUUAGAGGCUUGUGAGUUUCUUCGCAAGUUAGAUGACGUUCAUCGCCAAGAAAGAAAUAAACGACGACCCAACCCCGUUCCUGAGCUUCGUCCACGUGUCUGGAAUAGAAACUUCAACCAGGGGAAAGCAAGAAACGGUCCUGUAGUAGAUAGAAAUCCUGAUGCUAGAGCCAUUAAUGAAUUAGAACAAAUGGAACCUCUCCCUGCUAUACCUGAGGGCACUAACUUUGUUGAGUCUGCUAGUAAUUUAAACUGAAUGCCGCUGAUAACCCUGUCCCGCUAUCAGCCAGUAACCUGAGGGACAAUAAUUCAACAUAUGGGUUAGGAUUAUUAUUAAAACUAGGAUGGAAGCCGGGACAAACACUCGGUAUACGUAAUGACGGUUUAUUAAAGCCUAUAAUAGGAAAGGGUACUGACAAAACUUGCGGCUUAGGAUUUAAUAACACGGUCGAACCAUACGUCACACAAGAAACAAUAUUAAAAUUUGUACGUGCAUUGUCGAUUGAUGUCGAACUAAAAACCCGUUAUCCAUUUUAUACACACGAAUCAUUAGUAGCUUCAAUGUUCGAGGAUGAGGAUAAUGCAUGCGAGAGGGUAGCCACGGAAUUAGUAAAAUCGGAAGUAGACAUAACAAUAGCUGAUCAAAAGGUAGUAUGUUUAAUAGAUACUGGAAGUGACAUAACUUGUAUUUCUGAAACCUUUUGGCAAAGCUUAAUGCAUACAAAUAUUGCACUCUUACCUAUAAAACCGAUACAGAUACGCGGAGCUGUAGGUCAAAAAAGUUCUAAAAUAACUCAACUAGUUCUCUUGCCUUUAAAAAUUGGAAAUACUGUGGUAGAAACUGCUUUUUUGAUAGUACCUAAUUUAAUAAGGCCAGUUAUAUUAGGUUUUGAUUGGUUAGUUGCAAAUAAAGCCAUAUUAAACUUGGAACACGCAAAUAAAAGAGGGUUAUAUAUUUGUAUAAAGGAUAAGGAGGAAUUUCUUCCAUUCCCAAUUUCAUAUACACAGAAAGAGAUACGAGAAAUCCAAAUAAAUAAGCCUAUAGACGCUCUUGCGUACAUACAAAACAUUAAGCCUGGGGUAUCCAUAUCCAGUACAGAACUUAGUAAACUAAAAGAGGUACUGUCUAAUCAUAAACCCGUAUUCACGAAAACUCUCGGACGCUGUAACCGUUAUACUCAUGAUAUCAAAAUGGCAGCACAUACACCCCAUAUCAAACGAUCGUACCCUGUGCCUUAUGCUUAUAGAAAGAAAAUGGAGGAUAAGUUGGCUGAAAUGGAAAAGGAUGGAAUUAUUUCACGGGAAGCCACACCAUAUAGUAGUCCAUUAACUUAUACCUUUAAAUCGGAUGGUUCAUUGAGAGUCUUAUUAGACGCCAGAGAGAUAAACAAAUACAUGAUUGCGGAAUCUGAAGCACCCCCAAUGCAAAUAGACAUAUUAAAUUCAUUUCAUGGUGUUAAAUACAUCAGUAUAAUAGAUUUAAAUAACGCAUAUUUCCAGAUACCUAUUUCAGCAGAGAGCAAAAAAUACACCGGAUUCACGUUUAAUGGCAAAUCUUACUGUUAUAAUGUCCUUCCUCAAGGUCUUAAAACAUCUGUGGGUAGUUUUAGCCGAGCAAUGGAUUUUAUAUUAGGGCCAGAGGUUAAAGAAUUUUGCGUUAAUUACUUAGAUGAUCUGGCUAUUCUGACUAACGGCACCCUCGAAGAACAUAUAGAACAUAUCGAUAUUAUUUUAAAUAAAUUACAAAAUGCGGGACUUACUUGUAACAUUGAAAAGUGUCACUUUAUCUGUGAAGAAAUCAAAAUGUUAGGUCAUAUAAUAACGACAGAGGGCAUAAAAACGGACCCUAGCAAAAUUGAUGCAAUACAGAAUUUUCCAAUUCCCAAAAAAAUAAAACAUCUCCGAGCAUUUCUAGGAUUGUGUAAUUACUAUAGGCGUUUUAUACCUAACUACAGUAAUAUCAUGAAACCACUGUGUAAACUACUAAAAAAGGACAAUGUGUGGUUGUGGACCCCCGAGGCUCAGAGGGCUUUCGACGAACUAAAGGCAGCAUUCUUAGAAUCUAUCAUGCUACAUCAUCCAGACAUGACCAAGCCCUUCUACUUACAGACUGAUAGUUCUGGGGUUGGAUUAGCGGGGGUUUUAUAUCAAUAUGACAAAGAUGGGCAUAUGCGCAUCAUAGGGUUUUGUAGUAAAUCCCUAAAGGGACCAGAAUUAAAAUGGACAGUAACGGAACAAGAGUUUUGGGCUGUGAUCUACUGUCUGCGGAAAUUUGAGACCUAUUUGCGUGGAGUCAAAUUUACGAUUAGGACAGAUCAUAAAGCACUCACUUUUAUUAAAUCAUGGAAAUUGUACAAUAGUAGGAUAAUUAGGUGGACUUUAUAUUUAGAGCAGUUUGAUUAUACAGUAGAACAUGUGAAAGGGAGUGAGAAUGUGGCUGUUGAUAUAUUGUCCCGGUUUCCACCUGACACAGAGUUCAUGCAAGAGGAUAAAGUACUCUGUCCAGAAAUAAAUUACAUGGAGGGAGGGAAAAACAAAUUAUUAUUGGCUAAACUAAAUAAUAUACAACAAUUUCAAAGCAGAGAUCAAGCUUGUAAACUUAUUAUGACUAGUCUCAAUAACAGUAAUACGUCUCUGAAUGCUACUAAGUACAAAAGAGUAAGUCAAUAUUGUAAAAUCCAAGAUAACAUACUAUAUUACACGGAAAAGGGGAAAACUCAUGAUGUCAUAGUCUUACCGAAGGAACUCAUUGAAGAAAUAGUUAGUCAAGUACACCUAGAAAUGGGCCAUCAGGGUUCCCAGAAAAUCCUCAGGUAUGUCAGGGACCGGUUCUAUUGGAUGGGAAUGUCUAGAGAUAUAAAGAAUAUUUUAAGAAAAUGUCACAUUUGCCAGUUGUCAAAGAGCAACAAUAUAAAGUUUGUAGGAGAAUGUCAAUCCAUUAUAACCACAGAGGUUGGUGACCUUGUCAUGGCUGACCUUUAUGGACCGUUACCAAAAGGAAGGUUUGGAGCACAGUAUAUUUUGGUAGUACAGGAUUCUUUCAGUAAAUUUGUAAAGCUAUUUGACCUUAAGAAAGCUACUGCCAAAGCCGUGUUGAGUAAGUUCAAGAAAUUUGUAUCAAUACUGAAGUCGAAAGCCGUAAUGACUGAUAACGGAAGCCAAUUCAUAAGUGAUACUUGGAAAACAGGUGUAAAAGCUUUGGGCCUGAAAACAAUAUACACCACGGUUCGUAAUCCUCGACCAAACACUACCGAGCGGGUGAAUAAGGAGUUGGGAAGAUUGUUUAGGACAUACUGCAGUAACAACCAUAGGGGAUGGGCCACUAUUCUUCCGCGCAUUGAAAAUUUAUAUAAUAACACAUUCCAUGAAAGUACAGGAUUCACACCCAAUGAGGUAGUGUUUGGGCAAGGAAACGAACUUACCAUUGAUAAAUGUAACCUAAAAAUGCAAAAGGAAUUUAAUGUAAAUGAAAUAAGAGAAAGGGUUAGGGUUAAUUUGAAACAAGCCAGCCAGAAACGUAAGAUUCAAUUCAACAAAUCUCAUAAGUUAAUAACGUUUCAAAUAGGAGAUUUAGUUAAGAUUCGUAAAUUAAACAAAUCAGAUGCUAACCUUAAAGUAACAAAGAAAUUUGAACUGUUAUAUGAAGGGCCAUAUGUUGUUGCGGCAGUGCCUUUUCCUAAUGUGUACACUCUAAUGGAACCUACUACAAAUGCCAUGAGGGGAAAUUUUAAUACAAUUCACCUGUCUAGAUAUUAUAAAUGACUAAUAAUUAUAAUUAAGGAUGAUUAAAUAUAAGAUUGUGAAAAUUAGGAUAUUAAGAAAACUAUGUUAAGCUAUGUUGUGAAAAAAAAAAUAAAAAAAAAAAAAAAUACUAAUGAUGGUGUCGGGAGGAAGACACAAGAAUGCGUACAAAUUGAACAAGUCCAAUCUCACAUAAUCUCGACUCCUGUAAUAAAGUAAAAUAUGGUUAAUUUCAUCAUUAAGGCUGAUAUGUUUGUACAUAUUCUUGUUGGGGAAGGUGGUGGUCUUCCUUUAUAAAAAAAAAAAAAAUAUAUAUAAAAUAAUAAUAAAAAAUAAUAAUAAAAAGAAAAUAAUAAAAAAAAAUAUAUGUAUUAAUAAUCACAAAAGAAUAUAUUAAAUAUAUGUAGGGACAUCAAGAUCACACGGGACAGGAACGGGGUUUGGGAGUACUGCAAUAUUCAAGAUAUUUACACCAAAUACUGGAAAUUAUAUAUAAAGGUAUUUAUUAAAUUUAUUUCCAUUAAGCCUUUCUAAUAUCUCAUCUUACUUGCCAUUGACAAUAGAACCCAUAACCUAACCACAUUACAAAUAUUGUUAAAACAUUAAAAUAUCAAGUUGUGAAGGUGUUGAAGUGGAGUUAAUUCAAGUAGAAAAGUAAAACGAUUCGGGUAAACCACUGAUAGGCACAUAAGGCAUUUGGUGAGCUUCUAUAAGGGGGCUAUCGAAUGAGUUGUUCAAGAGGACUACUGAUAGUGUAAGCCUAUUGGAUAAUGAUACCUGUGUCGUAGAUGGUGUCUGCUUGACUGGACAUUCGGUGAGGAUCUACAGUGAGGGCUCUAAUCGAUCACAUAUUUGAGAGGGGAUAUGGGUCUCAACUCAAGUAUUUAGUUUAACUUUGUUACUUAGUUUCUUUUCUUAAUUGUAAAGACAUUGGGAAGAAAACAGUAAGCAAUUCAACCAAUGCAUCGAUCGUAUGGAGAAAUCACUGAGAAACAUAUAAGGCGUUUGAUGAAUUCUUAUAAGAGAGUUAUCAAAUGAGUUACCUGAUAGGAUUGAUUAUGGGCACGCCUGUCGGGUAAUGACACCUUUGUUGUCUUCAUUGGGUGCGCUGGUCGAGUGGGUGGCAUUUAUCUGCAGUAGGGGGAUCCGAACUCGUUGUAUAUUCGAGAUAGCGAAGGGCACAACGACUGUUAUUUCGAAUGAUAAAUUUAAUGGUAACACUAAAACACUGGUUGCAAUUUUGAUGAGUUUCAUUUGUUAUGAGUUGGUUAUUGGUCAUAUUGUUUCCACAUAAAGUUGAUUAUGGUUAUAUUUUGCAAGGAUUGGUAAAUUUUUAUGCAUUUGUAUUUCCUAAAAAUUUAGGGGGUGGUUGUAACGGAACUUAUUGAGAUUGUAUGUAUCUAAUAAUAUUUAUUUUAUGUUCACAUACCGGGUUUCAUGUAUAAGUCUUAAAUAGGUAAAUUUUUAUCCAAUUGCAUUUCCUAAAAAUUUAGGGGGUGGUUGUAACGGGACAUAGUCUGUCGGGACUUAUACAUUGCUUCAUUGUCUGAGUUAUGUAUCUUAAUGUAUGUAUGAAAUAGAACAUAUAGGUAUAUUAUUAAGUAUAUUACAAUAAGGUCGGGCUCAUAUCGGUCAGGGCCAAGGGAGAUUGUUAAUGCAUUAAUUAAUUUAUUUAUUAUAGUAAUUAUAUUUAUUGAUUAACUACA